UUGCCUUCUAAAUAUAUUACUUCAAUCUGAUGAAAAACUUGUAGAUAUUUAUUCAUCUAUGUGUGAGGGGGGGAAGAAUUGACUUUGUUGGGGAAUUCUUGAUCACCAUCCGGAAACAAUUCUUAGGCUUUGACAAUGGAGAGCUUGGCGCAGCUAGAAGCAUUGUGUGAAAGGCUAUACAAUUCACAGAACUCUAUCGAACGAGCUCAUGCUGAAAGAACUCUCAAGUGCUUUUCAACAAAUGCUGACUAUAUUUCUCAAUGCCAAUACAUUCUUGACAAUGCAUCAAGCCCAUAUGCAUUGAUGAUGGCUAGUUCAAGCUUGUUGAAGCAAGUGACAGAUCAGAGCCUCCCUUUGCAACUCCGGCUUGAUAUUCGAAACUAUCUUAUAAGCUAUCUGGAUACAAGAGGAGCUAAGUUGGAGCCUUUUGUGAUUGGAUCCCUGAUCCAACUCUUUUGUCGAGUUACAAAGUUUGGAUGGUUUGAUGAUGAUAGAUUCAGAGAGGUAGUUAAAGAGAUGAACUUCUUAAGUCAGGCACCAUGUCACUAUGCCAUUGACUUGAAGAUACUGAAUCAGCUUGUUUCUGAGAUGAAUCAGCCACAUCCUGGAUUAUCUGUAUCUCGCCAACGUAGGAUAGCUAGCAUUUUCAGGGAGCAAUCACUUCUUCAAAUUUUCCAGAUAUCCAUAAGUUCACUGCAUCAGUUAAAAAAUGAUGUUGAAAGUAAGUUGCAGGAAUUGGCUCUCUCACUUUCCCUCAGUUGUUUGUCAUUUGAUUUUCUGGGGACUUCAUUUGAUGAAAGUUCAGAUGAGAUUGGUACUGUUCAGAUUCCUACUUCUUGGAGGCCAAUCCUUGAGGAGCCUUCAACACUACAAAUCUUUUUUGAUUAUUACGCAAUUAGUCAAAGUCAUUUUUCAAAGGAGGCACUGGAGUGCUUGUUACGUCUAGCUUCAGUAAGGAGAUCAAUAUUUACAAAUGAUUCUUCUCGAGUUAAGUUUUUGUCUCACAUAAUGAUGGGAACCAAAGAAAUUCUACAAACUGGAAGAGGUCUCUCUGAUCACGAUAACUAUCAUGUUUUUUGUCGCUUGCUUGCCCGCUUCAAAAUUAAUUUUCAGUUGGCGGAACUUGUCAAUACCGAAGGCUAUUAUGAUUGGAUAUGCUUGAUAGUAGAGUUUACAAUGAAGUCUUUACGUUCUUGGCAGUGGGCCAACACCAGUGUUUACUAUGUUUUGGGGCUGUGGUCGAGACUGGUAACAUCUGUGCCUUACUUUAAAGGUGAUAAACCAAACAUGCUGGACAAUUAUGUGCCCACUAUUAUUGAAGGCUUUGUAUCUACACGAUUUGAUUCUCUCGAGUCCGAAUUCUCAGAUGAACUUUCUGAGAACCCACUUGACAAUGUUGAACUUCUUCAGGAUCAGCUUGAUUUCUUUCCUUACCUAUGCAGAUUUCAGUAUGAAAGUUGUAGCUCUUAUAUAAUGAAAGUUAUGGAGCCUUUCUUGCAAAUUUAUAUGUUUUUGGCAAAUGUCCAAGCUUGUGGAGAUUAUAAAGAGCUUUCAAUUACUGAAGCCAAACUGGCUUGGUUAGUGCAUAUUAUUGCUGCUAUUCUCAAGACAAGGCAAAUUUCUGGGUAUAGUGGUGAACAGCAAGAACUACUCGAUGCAGAACUCUCGGCGCGUGUUUUUCAGUUGAUGAAUGUCGCCGACAAUGGGGCACACAGACAGAGAUAUGGUGAAAUCAGCAAGCAAAGACUUGAUCGUGCGAUUCUGACUUUCUUACAAAAUUUCAAAAAGUCAUAUAUUGGUGAUCAGGCAAUGCAUUCUUCAACUAAACUAUUUGAUCAACUAUCGAAGCUUGUUGGACUCCAUGAUCAUCUGAAAGUGUUGAAUGCCGUUGUUGGAAAGAUUGCUACAAAUCUUAAGUCUUACACUCAGUGCAAGGAGGUCAUUGAUCAUACCAUAAGCCUUUUCCUGGAAUUGUCAUCUGGAUAUAUGACAGGAAAGCUGCUUCUGAAGUUGGAUACCAUUAAAUUUAUAAUUUCACAUCACAAUAAGAAGCACUUCCCUUUUCUAGACGAACAGACAUGUUUUCGUAGCAGAACAACCUAUUACUACACUAUUGGCUCGUUGAUUUUCAUGGAGGACAGCCUCUUAAAAUUUAAAUCUUCAAUGGAACCUCUGAUGCAGGUUUUCGUUUGCUUGGAAUCAACACCUGAUGCAAUAUUCCGGUCUGACAUUGUAAAAUAUGCAUUAAUUGGUCUGAUGCGGGAUCUCAGAGGAAUUACAAUGGCAACAAAUAGUCGCAAAACAUAUGGCUUCCUUUUUGAUUGGCUUUAUCCUGCCCAAACUCCUCUUCUCUUAAAAGCCAUAUCACAUUGGUUUGAUGUACCAGAGGUAACAACUCCAUUGUUGAAAUUCACGGCUGAGUUGGUGCUAAACAAGUCUCAGAGAUUAAGCUUUGAUCCAUCUUCUCCCAAUGGCAUAUUGCUUUUCCGAGAAGUCAGCAAAUUGAUUGUAGCAUAUGGAUCAAGGAUUUUACCGCUUGCGAACACAACAGAUAUAUAUACAUCCAAAUACAAAGGAAUCUGGAUUUGCUUGACAAUUCUGACUCGUGCGUUGUCUGGUAACUACGUCAACUUUGGUGUCUUUGAACUUUAUGGUGAUAGAGCACUUGCUGAUGCUUUGAAUGUUGCAUUGAAGAUGAUAUUGUCGGUUCCUUUAGCUGAGAUAUUAGCGUAUCCAAAGCUUGCAGGUGCCUACUUUGCAUUUUUGGAGAUUCUUUGUAGCUGCCAUUUGACUUUUAUUUUGAAUUUGGAUACCAGCACCUUUAUAUAUAUUGUUGGAUCUCUUGAUUUAGGACUCAAAGGUUUAAAUGAGAGCAUCUCAUCACAGUGUGCAUCUGCUCUUGACCAUUUGGCAAGUUUUUAUUUCUUCAAUGUUACUAUGGGGGAUUCACCUACUUCGCCUGCUGCUCUCAAUCUUGCUCAGCGCGUUACUGAUUGCCCUGGUUUAUUCCCACAAAUCUUGAAGACCCUCUUUGAAAUUAUCAUAUUUGAGGAUUGUGGUAACAGAUGGAGUCUUAGCAGGCCAAUGCUUAGCUUAAUACUUAUCAAUGAAGAGAUGUUCACUUCAAUAAAGGGUCAGAUUUUGGCUUCAUUUCCAUUGGAUCAACAGCAACGUCUUUCCCCGUGCUUUGACAAACUUAUGGCAGACGUAACUCGAAGCUUAGAACAAAACAACAGGGACAGAUUCACCCAAAAUCUAAACAGAUUCAAGAAUGGACUCCGUGUUGUAUAGCUUUUGUUUGUCUGUCUUUAAAAUAUCAAUGAAUUUUGGGACAACUGUAAAUCCUCGCCCACUUCCUCGUUCCUAAUUUUUUUUUUUUUUUCUUUAUUCUAUGGGAUAAAAACUAAUACAUCUUUUACAGGCAAACUUGGAUUUAUUUGUAUGAAGGAAAGUUUCUUUUUUUUUCUUUUUUAUAAAAGGUUUAGAGGGAGUGGAUAAUUUUUUGUACAAAUAUACCGGAAGAAGAAGGACAAGACAAUGGAAAAGGUUCUUACAGGGACAUACGUUUUUUGUUUUUUUUAUUUUUAUUUUUUUAUUUUCUUUGCGUGU